AUGAACCACGAUCCAUUUGCUUGGGGUAGGCCAUCCGAUGAGCAUUACGGUGCAUACAACCAUGCUAUCGCUCAAGCGUCUAACAACCCAAAAAUGAACACCCAAAACCCUAUUAUCACUGGUACAUCUGUGAUCAGUAUCAAGUACAAUAACGGUGUUAUUAUUGCAGCUGAUAACCUAGGUGCUUAUGGCUCGCUAUUGCGUUUCACUAAUGAGGAGAGAUUGAUUAAAGUGGGCCCUAAUACCGUUGUUGGUGUUUCCGGGGAUAUUUCUGAUAUGCAGUAUAUUCAACAUCUACUUGACGAUUUGGAGAUCGAGAACAACUAUGACAGUGCAUAUGCAGAAAACGAGGAGCAAUUGAAGCCUAGUUAUGUCUUUGAGUACCUAUCGUCUGUGAUGUAUCAAAGAAGGUCCAAACUAGAUCCAUUGUGGAAUGCUAUCAUUGUCGGAGGAACAGAAGACGGCAAGCCAUUCUUGAGAUACGUGAACCUAUUAGGUGUCACAUACUCUUCACCAACUUUGGCAACAGGGUUUGGUGCACACUUGGCCUUGCCUCUACUAAGAAAACUCGUAGAUGAUGAAAAAGAUGUCAAGAAUGUUACCCUAGAUACUGCCAAGAAGGCCAUUCUAGAAGCGAUGAAAAUAUUAUACUACCGUGACGCACGUAGUUCGCGUAAGUUCUCCUUGGCCAUUAUUGACAAUGACCUAGGACUAAAUAUCGAAAAGAACUUGCAAGUCGAGAAUAUGUCGUGGGAGUUCGCCAAAGACAUCAAGGGAUACGGUACGCAGAAGGUAUAG